AUGGCUCCAUCUAGAGGGCUCAACUGCUUGCGACAAGCUCGACUACACCUACAAAAACCGCGACAAGAUGUACGACGAUUCUCAGAUUUUGUAAGCGCAGUCGCAGAUCCUUCCAACAAGUACCAGGUCUACACGUCUCGAAGUCCCAACCCAUACCUCAACCUUUCCAUCGAACACUACCUCCUUCAAAAGUCGCCGGCGGACGCUACCAUUCUCUUUCUCUACACAAACCGACCAAGCGUGAUCAUUGGCAGGAACCAGAAUCCAUGGACAGAAGUCAAUUUGGGUCUUUUACGGAACGAGCAAGGAAUUCUACAGAAUGCAGACCAUCGAGUACAGCUUGUACGCCGAAGAUCCGGUGGAGGAACCGUCUUCCACGAUGAAGGAAACGUCAAUUACAGCGUCAUUAUGCCAACGGCAGAUUUCGACCGAGACAAGCAUGCAGAAAUGGUAGCUAGAGCAUUGCGGAACUUGGGCGUUGACAAAGUCAGGGUCAAUGAACGACAUGAUAUUGUUGUGGACAAGACGGUUCCGGGAGAAGGGGAAUUGCCUUUUAAAAUUUCUGGGUCGGCAUAUAAACUUACGAGAUUGAGGUCUGUUCACCAUGGGACGUGUCUACUGUCGAGUCCGAAUAUUGGUUCAAUAUCGAAAUAUCUGCGAGCCCCGGGCAAACCUUUCAUCAAGGCCAAAGGGGUUGAAAGCGUGAGCUCGAGGAUAAUGAAUGUUGGUAUGGAGAAUGCAAAGUUUGAAGGGGCUGUCAGGCAUGAGUUUUGGAAGAUGUAUAGCCAUAGCAAAGCCAUGACGGUUGGUCGAGCAGAGGCGGAUGUUCCUGAAAUCAAGGGUGGAUUCGAAGAGUUGAUGUCCGAGGAUUGGAUCUAUGGCCAGACCCCACAAUUCGAGUUCUCAACAUCUGGCUUCGAUGGAGAAAAUUUGGGAGAGAAAGACAUUUGGCGAUUUCCUCACGGUUUGGAACUUUCCUUCACAGCAAGAAAUGCAACCAUCCAAUCAUUGUCCAUCAAGGAUGGCGAAAACUUCAUGGUAACGUCGAGUGCCAAGGACAAGAAAGUCCACGAGAUCGCAGACUGGGAUUCUGUUCUUGCUGCACCGUUCAAGAAGUCAUACGUUGGGAAGAGUCGACAUAAAGUUCAGGCUCAGCUGGCCAAGUCUAUGAAUGAGUUGUUUGGGGCUGGGUCGUAUGAUACUGGAGUGGGAAAGGGAUCUUUGUCUACGGAGGAGGAUAACUACCUUGGCAUCGAGCCGGAUAGGAUUGUAGAAGUAGAAGGACUGGAAUGA